GCUUGUGUGAUUAUUUUGUUAAUAAAACGAAACAAUUAACUAAUUGUUACACUAUUUACAACGAUCACUGCAAACCGUUAAUUUGAACAAUCAAUUCAAAAUAGCCAAUUAAUUGAUUAAGUUGAAAUCGUUUUUUGCUUUGCAAUUGAUUAGCAUCAUGUCAAAAUCUGAAGGUGACACUUAUCUUGACCACAAUGUGAAGCUCAAGAAACCAGCAAUUUUUUACCGUUAUUUUAUCUUGUUCAUGAUUCUAAUUACGAUGAUGGUUGUUUUUUCCGUUCGGUGCACAAUUAACGUUGCAAUUAUCGCAAUGGUUGGUAAACCAGUAGAAAACAAUGGCACAAUCAAUGCAACAAUUAAGGAUUCUAAGAAACACUUUGAUUGGGAUCAAAAUGACCAGGGAAUUGUAUUGGGUGCAUAUUAUUACACUUAUGCAACUGUUCAAAUAUUUGCCGGACUUUUGACCGAUAAAUUCAAUGUUGUCCAUCUGAUGGCCGGUUCACAAGUCGUGGCCAUUAUUUGUACCAUGUUAACACCUCUUGCAGCUAAUAUUUCAAUGAGCUAUUUGGUAGUAAUAAGAAUGAUUUUAGGAUUAGUUCAUGGGAUAACUUUUCCCUCUGUGUAUAAUUUAAUUGAAAAUUGGUUCCCACCAGCGGAGACGGGAUUAGCUCAAGGGCUAAUGGCGGGUGGCUGUGAUUUUGGAACAGCUCUCAUCUCCUUGUUCACCGCUUGGAUAAGUCAACAGAACUUUUUGGGAGGUUGGCCAGCGGCUUUUUACCUUAUUGGAAUAGUUAAUCUCAUCUUUACAAUUACCUGGAUAAUUACGGUCACUCGAAAUCCAUUUGAAAAUAAAUUCGUAUCCGAUUAUGAGAAGCGAUACUUGUCCCAAGUUCUUAUUAAAAAACAGGUCAAAAAACGACAGAGAUCAACGCCUUGGAUUAAGCUUCUUACUUCAAUACCCCUCUGGUCGGUUAUCUUAACCAAAGGUCUUAUUGGAUUAGCCUAUGCAGUGAUUAACAGUAAAAUUCCAGUUUACCUUGACUCGGUUCUCGGCUAUAAGCUUGAAAACAAUGGGCUGAUUAACUCAUUUUUUUACUUGGCUGUGGGCACAUCACAAUUGGUUUGUGGUCCAGUUUCAAAAUAUAUCAUUACCAAAGGCUGGUUAUCAGUAAUGAUCACCAGAAAACUAUUUGAGAGUAUUGCUCUCGCUGGGAUUAUUGCAAGUUUGAUUUCGAUCUGUUAUCUUAAGAAUACCGAAUUAAUUGUUUUCUGUUUGGUGUUGUCAAUGUUUUUCUAUGGAUUCAAUUUGGGUGGAGAUGUGCCCAUUGUACCUGAAAUGGCCCCAGGGCUUGUUGGAACUGCGUUCGGUUUCUCAAAUGUUUUGGCCUGUGCAGCGGGAUUUAUCGCACCCGCUUUGAUUGGUGCCAUUCUUGGUGACGAUGCUGGUUCACGAAGUAAAUGGAUUCUAUCAUUUCAAAUUGUCGCUGGUUUACAACUCGUCGCACUAAUAUUGUUCAACUUAUUUGCGACCACUGAACCUCAACCUUGGGGAAAAGUUGAAGAGGACGAUGAAGAAUCAAGUCCAACUGAUCAACCACCACCAUUAAAAUUGGUCGAAACAAUUAGCACAUAGAAUAAUUAAUCAAUUUAACUUUUCUAAUUAGCAUUUUCAAUACAAAUUUUAAGAUUAAACUAAUAAAACAAUUACAAUUCAAAUUGGAAUAUCAA